AUGACCUCUGUUCAGUUUACAGUAGGCCGGCUUGAUGCUGGUAUGGCCAUUCUCUUGACGGACGAUCAUCAUCUCAUUGAGUUUCCUUCCUUGCUAUUGCCGAAUGGUGUUACAUCGGGAAGCAUUGUGAACAUUACUGUGAACCGCAACUCAGAUGAGGAGGAGAAAAAGAUGCACGAGUUUUGGGACCUACAAGAUACGAUCCUGAAGAAAUACGGCCAAGUUGAACCAGGGAAUCCAGUUUUGCGUGUGCGCAACAUUACACAGACAUCAUUGACACUUGAAUGGGAUCCACUGGAGUUGCACACGGCUGAAUUGCGUGCACUUGAAAUAUACAAGAAUGAUACCAAAUUGGCUCAUCACGUGCCUACCGAUACACAUACCAUGAAGCUAUCAGGAUUGGAUGUGGAUCAUGAAUACGAGUUCCAUUUGGUGAUGAAGACUACGGCAGGCAAAUACGAAUCCAACCGAGUCACUGUACGCACCCAUAAGAUGGAGGAUUUAUCCGGCAUCGUUGUCGUAUUUGGUGAAUUCAAUGAACCAGAACCAGCAGUCGUAUCAGAAAUGAAGCAAUUACUCGACAAAGUGGGAGCUACAUGGCAAGAAGACAUUACCAGCGACACUACCCAUCUCAUUGCAGAAGUACCACGUGGUCCAAAGUAUGAUAAAGCGCUCACAAGUUCUAUACCGGCUGUCAAACCCGAUUGGUUGGUCCAAUGUGAAAAGAAUCAAAAGAUACAGCCUGCCCUGCCCUAUUACAUUGUCAAUGUCCCCACAUCCUCAUCAUCUGGAAACCCAUAA